AUGAGUGGAUCGUCGGCGCAGUCCGAAGGGCUAAAAAGCGCCACGGGACGAGCUCAAAAAGGAAUAGAAGUGCAACUUGCGUUCCAUCUAUUUGGGGACAUAGUCAUUCUCGCAAACGAGCAGAAGCAUGAAGGCUUGUGUGUGCAUAUCUUUCUGAGGAUUCAUGACGUUACCGAGGUGCUGUUGAGGUUUGCUAUCCAUGCCAACGGCGACUCCGUCGCAGCCCAUAAGCGAGGAGGAACCUUCCUUGGCCACAUUUCGUUUAACGCAUCGUACACUCGCCGUCCUGCGCCGGAUAACGAUGCUCCAGGCAUGAAUCAUCGCAUGUCGUUGCUUGAAGGUCUUUCAGGCCACGCGAGACGCCAAGGAGCGUCAAGGCUUAACCUUGUCAAGCUUCAUGGCGCCAAGCCUCAAUGCUUCUUCUUACAGUAA